GAAUGGGAGAGUGGGUACAGGUUGAGAUAAAAUUGGGCAGGCAACAAGAACGAAAAAUACAAGAGAAAAACGACACUGAAGGGCUGGGGCGAGGGGGAUGGUAGAAUAAAAUAUUAAACCCCCUUUGGAGAGAGAAGAGAGAAAUACCCAUCAGUGUUGGUGCCAUUCCGGGAGCAGAAUAGAGACAAGAUAUCAUAAAUCUUCAACAGGGACGGUUUAGGGAAGGUGCUGUGCGAGAAAAACACACCUCUCAUCGAUUUUAAGUUGCUGUGGAUUUCAGUCCCCUCUCCCCCGGACUCCCUCCCUCCUGCCGCUGAGCGAUGCCUCCCCGUGUCGAAUGGACAGCCGGAACCCACUUGCUCCCCAGCCCGAGGGGUCGGGGGGGCAGACCUCCCACUGCGAGCCCCCGUUGAGAGACCCUGCGCCUCCGGGGGGAGGGGGUGCCGCCCCCACUGUCGACCAGCUCCUGGGGAACGAGGCCAAAGGGGGGGCAAAGGGAGGGGGCUGCGUGCCUCUGAUGCCCUCCCCCUCCCCCAACGGGGGCAAAAUCCUCAAGUGCCCACAGUGUAACUGGCAUUAUAAAUACAGCCGCACCCGGGAUGCCCACAUGCGCCAGAAGCACCCGGGGGUGGGGACCGCGGCCUGCACCCACUGCCAGGAGGGUGGCCCCCACCCCCGCCUGGCCAGGGGCCAGAACUACAGCUGCGGCUACCGGCCCUUCACCUGCCGGGUCUGCGAAUAUGCCACCAUGACGAAGGGGAACCUGGGCAUCCACAUGCAGUCGGAGAGACACCUGGCGAACGUGCAGGGGCGAGGGGUGGCCGAGGGCCAGGCCCCGGGGAUCGCCCUCGGGCUCAGGACUGUCCCCUCAGCUGGCCUGGAGCUCCACCGACAGUGCCGCGAUGCACAGGGAGCCGGGCGCCGCGUCGACGCCGGGACCCUCCACGACGGACUUUCGCCCCGCACUGGUACCGGGGGGCAUGGAGGGUCAGGAGGGACCGAUAGCUCUGAGGACCUGGUGACGGACGAGAGGUGCCUGGGCAGAGGGACAGAGCUGGACGAGGGCACCGUUGCCUCCCACGAGCCCAGCGCCCAGCUGUUUCAGUGCUUGGCGUGCCAGGCCUUCAGGAUGGAGAGCCUGGCGCCACCGCGGAGGCACCUGAGUGCGCAGUGCAGGCCGCCCGAAGAGGAGUGGAAGGGGCUGGACGCGGAGCGACCCCACUGCACACUCUGCCCCUACCGCACCCAGCUCAAGGCCAACUUCCAGCUGCACCUCGGCGCCGAAACGCACAGCCAGGACUGCCAGCCAGACGCCCACCCCGCCAGCACCGGGUACCCGCUGCGGCCGGACUCCCUCAAUGCCCUCAACCCUCUGCACGUUCGCUGCAACCUCUGCUGCUUCUCCACCACGUCUCGGGAGCAACUUUACCUCCACAUCUCCGGGCCGUCCCACCGGGAGAACCUCCGCCUUUACACACAUUUACAACAGCUGGACCAUGACGCUACGACCGAGCGGCCACGAUACACGUGCAUGCUGUGCGGCUUUGAGACCACAACGAAGCUGUCCCUGAUGGAUCACGCCCGCACGGAGAGCCACCAGGACACGAGGGCCCAGCUGCAGCUCCGAAACGCACAGCAACAGGACGGCAACUCAUUCCUCAGCUUCAUCGGCCUGACAGAGGCACCGCAGCGACCCGGCGACGCGAAAGCCGAGGAGAGAGGGAAGGCACCAGACACUGGCACCAACGGCCAGAAACCCGCAGAGGUUGUGGAGCGAGCCCAUCUGCACUGCCCUCUCUGCCAGGAGGUCCUGAGCGGGCACCUGUUGCUGCGCCUGCACCUGAUACACACACACAGUGUGGCGUCUGACUGCAUGGCACGACUGCUCGCUGUGGCCCACCCGGAGAACCACAGUCUGGGCGCCUCUCCUCACACAUGCGCCGUUUCUGCGGACCCUCCACCGGGCACAGGGAGCGAAAGCAAGGCAGACACAGGUUUAACUUCACCGAACAUCCUUGGGAUCGCUGCGCCUGAUGUGCCACCCAUGCAGUUGCCCUUGCCAGGAAUGAUGCCCCCCUGGCAGGAUUGCCAGGUGCCCGGGGACACGGAAAACCGCCAAUCAGGACCCCUGCGUGAUGUCGAUUCAGAAACAAGGGCUGAAGCCAAGACUUCAGUCCUCCAGCCACCUUGUGCGCCAGGGACCCAGCUUGUGCCCUGCCUCCUCCCCGGCACCAACCCCCUGCUUGUGCACCCACUCCCGGCUGCCUACCUGCUGCCACUGCGUGGGCAGAAGGCGGCCCUUCUGCCCUUGGGCCCGCUGCUGUCCCCGACCCUCCUCUGCCUGCUGCCCAAUGUCAUUCUUCAACGCGGCCUGCAGGGGGUGGCACAGCGGCAACCCCGACCCAGGUGCCCGGGCCCCCAGGGGGACCCAGGCCACUCGGGGGAGGGGCCCUCUCCGGUCCUCGCCGCCCCCUGCAGCCCCCUCCGGGCCUGUGGCGCUCCUCUGCCCGGAUACCAGGCCCCGGCAGUUCGCAUGCUGCCACUGCCUCUGAGCGCCACCAAAGAUGUGCCCCAUGGCAUACCUCAACCGCGGGGGCCCCCCUCCACCCCCACCCCGGAUGCGGGCAAACCAUGGGGACCAGCUCCAUGA